UCACUAUCAUCUCCGCAGUAUUCCGGGAAACAGUGAAACCAACGCAAUGCAAUUCUCUAUUGCUGCAUUGAUAACGAGUAUUUGCGCGUUAUGCGGAAUUUUUUUCAUUUGGGCGAAGUGGAAGUUGACGUACUGGCAGAGACGGGGUGUUCCGACCCUUCCGACAAAUUUAUUUUUUGGAAAUUUCGCGGAUUCAAUAUGCGGUAGAAUAUCCCCGGGAUGGCUUCUCGGUCGACUCUACAGUCAAGCCGAGCCAGGAUCAAAAUUCCUCGGCAUCUAUAUCUUCCAGCAGCCGUUUUUCCUCCUGAGAGAUCCUCAACUCAUCAAGCAGAUGUUCAUCAAGGAUUUCAACGUCUUCUCCGGCCGCUACUUUGCACCGAAGAACAGCCGAGAUAGGAUAGGAACUCAGAAUUUGUUCUCCAUUGAUAAUCCUGAGUGGCAACACCUGAGGCACAAGUUGUCUCCAGCAUUUUCUUCUGGAAAACUCAAGGGAUUGUUUGGACUCAUGGUAGAAUCCUCGGAAUCCCUCGCAACGCAUUUGGAAAAUCAAUUCAAAAAUCAUUCAGGGGGGAGGAAGUGUAUCGAAGUUAAAGACGCCACUACCAGAUACACCACUGAUAUUAUUUCGUCGUUGGCAUUUGGAGUGCACACCAAUUCUUUUGAGAAAUCAGCCUCGGAGUUCUACACUCGAAGUCGACAGUUAUUUGCGGACGACCUCAUCUCGGCGAUCGCAAUAUUUUGCUUGGGAUUCUUUCCACGUGUAUUCGAGCAUUGUUUAUUUACAACCUUCCUUGGACAACAAACAACAUAUUUUAAAAAUAUGUUUCGAAGUUCAAUGAAGGCCAGGGAGGAUACCAAGUCCGAGAGAGGAGACAUCAUGGAUACUCUGGUGAAAUUGAGGCAUGAGAACGAUGAUGGCCCUUUCAAAUUCGACGAGGAGACACUUAUGGCCCAGUCAUGUCUCUUCUUCGUCGCUGGAUUAGAAACGAGUGCCACAACCAUGGCAUUCGCUUUGUGGGAACUAGCAAAAUCUCCGGAUAUUCAAGAUCGCGUGAGAAAUGAAAUAAUUGAGAAGCUUGAAGGUGGUGAAUUGACUUACGAGAAGGUCAAGCAGAUGAACUACCUCAUGCAAAUUAUCAGUGAAACCCUCAGAAUUUAUCCACCCGCACCGAUACUCGAUAGAGUUUCCAACAGAGACUAUCAGAUUCCAGGUACUGAUGUAAUAAUCGAACGAGGAACUCCAGUAUACGUAGCUCUUCCUGGAAUUCAUAUGGAUCCUGAUUAUUUCCCAAAUCCCGAAGAAUUCGAUCCCGACAGAUUUAAGGAUGAGCGAAAUCUCAAGUCGUGCACUUAUAUGCCCUUCGGCGAAGGACCUCGCAUAUGCAUAGGUAUGAGAGUUGGGAGUCUGCAGACAGCUGUAGGUUUAAUCAGAAUGCUCCAGAAUUAUCGAUUUUCGGUAAAUCCAUCCCACGAAGCGAGAGUUUGCAGACGUGGCAUCUUCCUCAAACCGGAAGACGGUGUCCACUUGUAUUAUGAAAAAAUUAGCAACUCGUAAUAAUAGAAAUUAUUUCUGCAUUUUGCUUUCCUCUGUGUGUCCGAAUUUUAUAUUCAUUUAUGAUUCAUUUAUGAGUUUAUGAGUUUAGUGUGAUUUUAAUUUGAGUGUGAAAACUAUUUUCUGAAAAUUUUAAUAAAUUGAUAAAUUUUACAAUUA